AUGGCCAUUAGCUCGAGACCAGUCGAAGCGAGCAUCCGUGCUAAGCUAGAAAAGCUCCUGGCGCCCUCUUCUCUCUUGAUCGUCAAUGAGUCGACACAGCACGCUCAUCAUGCCGCCAUGAAGAAUCGGGCGCCCUCAGACAUCGAACCAGAAACACAUUUUGCCUUACAAGUCAUUUCCGAUACGUUUUCAGGCAAGACAACGGUGCAGAGGCAUCGCCUAAUAUAUGAGGCGCUGGGAGAGGAGUUCAAAGCUGGAUUACAUGCACUUUCAUUAACGACAAAGACUCCCAGUGAGAUGGACAGACAAAAAGCACAAACUUCAUAG